AUGCAGGACGGGUGGUUUUUUUGUUUUUUUGUCUGCGCAGCAGCAGCAGCAGCAGCAACAGCAGCAGCAGCAGCAGCAGUGAAGAGAACAGCAGCAGCAGCGACAGCAGCAAAAAAGGCAGCAGCAGCAGCAGCAGCAGCAGCACAGUACAGCAAGAGAAGGGACAAGGUUAACAUCUAUUCCUCAAGCAGCAGCAUUUCUCUUUUGCUGCUUCAACACACUGCAGCAGCAACAGCAGCAGCAACAGCAGCAGCAGCAGCAACAGCAACAGCAGCAGCAGCAGCAGCAGGAGCAGCAGCAGCAGCAGCAGGAGCUUACAACAGCUUGUUCUAG